CCCUGGUUUCCCCUCCGCCUUCCUCAAGUUUGAGCUUGUUUUUGAACCGGGCGACCGCGGCGGGGAGGAGGGCAGCUCCCUCAGGCGUGGUUCCGAGGGGAGCCAUGAAGAGCCGGCGGCGAUGGAGGUGGCGAUGGCAGCCCCACCGGCGAUUUGCCCUGGCCUUAGCCGCCUACACGCUGCUGCUCCUGCUGCUCCUGUCUUACACGCUGGAUUAUCGAGCCAGAAGGGGGGGCGCGGGCGAGGAGUGGCAGCUGCCCUUCCGCUGCCCCAGCCUGCAGGAGGCGCUCGGCGAUUGGGGCUGGGAAGAGCCGCCGCCGCCGCCGCCGCCCCCGCCACCGGCGGGAGAGACUGAGGACGGCAACGGGACCGGGAGAGAGCCCAGCCCGGGGAGCCGAGCGGGCGGGAAACGGCACAUCUACUUGCACGCCACUUGGCGCACCGGCUCGUCUUUCCUGGGAGAACUGUUCAAUCAGCACCCGGAUGUCUUCUACCUGUACGAACCCAUGUGGCACUUGUGGCAAGCGCUCUAUCCCGGCGACGCGCUGAGCCUGCAGGGCGCCCUCCGGGACAUGAUGCGCUCUCUCUUCCGCUGCGACUUCUCGGUCCUGCGCUUCUACGCGACGCCGCCGGCCGGCCGCGACCCACUCAUCCCCUUGCCCGCCUCCUUCGGGGCCAAGUCGGGCGGCGGGAGCGGCAACCUGAGCACGGCGAGCAUUUUCGGCUGGCGGACCAACAAGGUGAUCUGCUCGGCGCCUUUUUGUCCCCACGCGGCCCGGGCCCGCGCCGACGUGGGCCUCGUCGACAGCACCGCCUGCGAGCGGAGCUGCCAUCCGCGUCCGCUGCGGGAGCUGGAAGCCGAGUGCCGAAAGUACCCGGUGAUGGUGAUCAAGGACGUGAGGCUGCUGGAGUUGGGGGCGCUCUUGCCGUUGCUGAGGGACCCGGAGCUCAACCUGCACGUCAUCCAGCUUUUCCGCGACCCCCGCGCCGUCCAUAACUCUCGCCUCAAGGCCAAGCAGGCGCUGCUUCGGGAGAGCAUUCAGGUGCUGCGCAGCAGGUAUCACGCCGAGUUCCGAGGAUUGCCCCGCCGGCAGCUUCCGCCCGCGGCCGCCGCGGCCAUGGCCGGGGUCGGCGGUGGAGCCGCCCGGACGCACCCGCAGCACCGAGCCGAAUUCUUGCUGGGCGGCGCCCUGGAGGUGAUCUGCCAGGCCUGGCUGCGUGACUUGAUCUUCUCCCGCCGGGCCCCCGCCUGGCUGCGCCGCCGGUACACGCAAGUGCGCUACGAGGACCUGGUGCUGGAGCCGCGCGCCCAAUUGAGCCGCUUGCUGCGUUUCGCGGACCUUCCCGCGCUGCCCGCCCUCGAGGCCUUCGCCUUCAACAUGACCCGCGGGGCCGCCUACUCCUCGGAGCGCCCCUUCCUCAUCUCCGCCCGCGAUGCCCGGGAAGCCAUCCAUGCCUGGCGGGAGCGUCUCAGCCGGGAUCAGGUGCGCCAAGUGGAGGCUACCUGCGGGGAAGCCAUGCGGCUCCUCUCCUACCCGGCGAGCAGCGAAAAGGGCGUUCGGCGUGAUUCUGCUAGGGGACGCUCCGGCGCUUCUCCUCAUCCAGGCUAACAGACUGGUUGCUCACUUAUGACAGAAAAUCUUUGGAUGGAGCUCUGCUUUCUAAAGACACUGGAACCAUCAAUGAACUGCAAUUUUUACUGUAAAUUCUGCAUGGCAGAAUGAAUACUGGGAAGCUUUAAUGAAAUUGUUUUUAUUAUGAAGAAAAAAAACCCCUUUAAAUAUUACAUUUGUCACAGUGCAAUAUCUGUGCCCCUCUAGGUUUUGAAGUGUUUAUCUUCAGUCAACGAAUGUGUUACUUGUUUUUAUCGACAUUCAAACCACCUACCAUACCAAGUAAAAAGAUGAGUGGAAUUUAGAAUCUCAGGCAAGGCAAUCCAACUAUGACUUUGACCUUUUCAACCUACCCAAAGACUUGUCAACAACAGAAGUGGAAAUCUUAAAGAUCUGUUGAUUACUCCUCCCACAUUUUCCUCUUAAAAAUGUCGUUUUUCUUUUCUGAUUUUUCUUCUUAAACAAAUGCAUAUUCAUACAAAAUAACAGCAGGCAACAUAUUUAUAUAAAUAUUUUCCCCCCAAUUCAGGAAUGUGGCUUAGGGAUGAAUGAACCUUGUAUCUUUUGUAUCUAAACAUUCUUCUGUCUCUGCAUCUGUCCCCUUUUGAGCUAAUACAAUGAACAGGAACUUCCAGUAUCAAAAAGAGAUAUUGGUGUGGAGGAGUAGAAAGACAAGUCUGACUCAUUUUUGAUCUCACAGGGGAAAAGCCAAUUUACCUAGAGGUUUGGAAAUUGUCCCAACAUAUAGAUUUUAGUAGAAUAGUCAUAUCAAAAUCUUUGUACCCUCUUUCAUAAACAUAAAGCCUCAACUCUAGAGUUGAGCAAAAUGGUGCUAUCUUAUGAAGCUAUAAUCAAACUAAAUUGAAAGAACAAUUUGUUUUAAGGCACAGUCAAGGUACUUCUGCCUCAGUGCCUGAGAUGGACCACUUCACUUCAAAAGUAUUGACAGAAGGAUCUUCUCUGCAUGCAUCCACAAAAGCCCAUAGAAAGCCCUCAAAGCAGCCCUAGUUAGUGCAUCACUCAGACUAAUAUCAAGAAAGAAUCCUGACUACAGAAGGUAUAAGAUAAAUAGUAUCUUCUAGCUGUUUUUAAAGCCCUCCCUUACCAUUUCUUCCCUCAUUUGAUUCUAUCCUUAAGAGUUUACCAUCAACAAGAUUACACUAUUGCUGUUACUAUGCUGAUGACUUGAAAAAGCAGAUGUGCCUUUUUAUUGUUUUAAAUGAAGUUGAUCAUAUAAUACAAGAAAAUGCACUCUGUAUUGAAUUUAAUUUCAACUAUUUUUUUAAAGUCUGAAAAUGGCCAUUGGUUCAAUAAAUUAAAAUAUGGUCUGA